CACGAUGCCGCAGCGCUCUCCAUUGCUCUGACCUUUCGAAACAGCGCCCACAACCCACUGCCCCGACGGCCAAAUUCGUGUCUACCCCCCUCUCAGCUUGGGUGUGCCAUCUUUCUAACCGUUAGCUAUUUGAAGAUCAAACAACUUUGUGAUGCCCUUUAAGACCGCGCUCAAGUCGAUAUCUGGACCUCGAAGACGCAACACAGGUGGUAGCACUCAAGGCGUCAGCGAUGGAGAGGAAGUUAUGGCAGUAGCAUCAGCGACGACACCAAAGAGAAAGCGGAGAAGAAUACGGCCCAAGUUCAGGAGGAACACCUCGCUUAGUCCCAACGUUGGGGAAAAUCCGGCUGUGUUUCUCAGAGUUCAGGUGCUGAGUUGUAGAGAUUUGCUGGCGAAGGACAGGAAUGGAUAUAGUGACCCAUUCGUCACGGUAUCUCUGUUGAAGUCAAGACACCAGACUCCGGUCAUAAAACGAACCAUCCAGCCCGUCUACUCGCCUAAAGACGCGACGUUCGACUUUCCAAUCUACAUCUCUCUGGCCAACAACAUCGGUGCUCUCGAACUUGUUGUUUGGGACAAGGAUGUGCUUCGAAAAGAGUAUCUUGGGGAAGUGGCAUUCCUACUAGAGGACUGGUUCGAUGACGAAAGGCCAUUUGCUUGGGAAGAUGCUGUCAAUGAGGCUACUUCGGUGGUUUCAUUGCCACUAGUGUCUACGAGGUCAAAUACGUCAAGUCGAGGCUCAGUACAGAUUAGAGUAGGAUUCGUUUCUCCUCCCGGCCAGCAAGCAGAGGCGAAUAUAAAUUUCGCAACGCUUUUUCGGGAAUUGUCCAAGAGGUCAAGGCCUUCUUUAGUUUCUGUCCCACCGACAAUAGGUAUUGGAACGAUUCGCUCUCAUCCUGACCAACCCGCCCUCUACGAAGACGACGGCGGGAUCUCCUCCGAUUCUGACCCGUCCGACGAAGAAGACGAAGAGGGCUCAGAGUCGGACUUAGAAGACGAAGGAGGGAUAGGAACGGAGGCUGCAGAAGAGAAUCAGCAUCUCGUUACCCUGCGUUCACCACACGAUACGUCGAACAUAAAAACACCAACCCCCAGUUCGAGGGCAUCUACUGAAGUUACGACUCCAACUCAACCUCGUGAAACAGCAACCUUACCUUAUUUCCUUCCUAGAGGAGUAGGCUCUGUCUCGCCAUCUCCUCAGGUCAACAUUACACCGGCUUCUCCUGUGCCCAUCCUCUCCUUAACUACCCCUCCUGCCGCAGACAUGUUCCCUACAGCCUCGUCCCAACCAACAACCCCUGUUAUCUUAUCUCCUGUUCCUCAACCACCACCAAUCACAAGGUCUCACUCAUCGUCUGUCCGGAUAUCUGGAAUCAUACCUCGCAUCCCCAAAUUCCCCACGAGGCGAUCCAUUUCAAACGUUUUAACGCCUCCACCCACAACGUUGUCUUCCACCCCUCAAAUGGUCGAUCUGAGUAUAGACAUUCCGAGUGCGAAUACCUAUGGGAAUGCCGCUGAUCCAUUAACGGCCUCCCCACAACCACUAAUACCCAGUUCUGGUGCGGUUGCGACUGUUGGGGCCGCUGUUGUUGCACCUGCCUUACGCGUGGUUGCUGCUGCUGGGGCACCGUCAUCGGCUGCUGUUGAAGAGGAGAACGAGAGCAAGAAGAAGCGGUUUCGGAAAAGCUGGGGAUCGAGGCGCAACUCAUCUACUGCUGUACCGCAACGAAGUGCAAGCGAGGGCGAAGGUAGCAGUUCUAUUCCGAGUGCCGCCGAAGGUACGAGUAGUGGUGGAGAUCAUGAGAAGCAGAAGCAGCCGCAACAAAAGAAGGCGAGGAGGAGGGUAAAGAGGGAGGAAAAAAAGCCAGGGUAUAGUUUGGCUGGCGAGAAUGACAUCUUGGGUAUCGUGAUGCUGGAGAUCCAGAGUGCAGAUGAUCUGCCGAGGCUGAAGAACAUGACACGAACCGGCUGGGACAUGGACCCCUUUGUCGUCAUCUCUUUUGGUAAAAAAGUCUUUCGAACGCGUGUUAUCCGUCAUUCCCGAAGCCCUGUAUGGGACGAAAAACUUCUCUUUCAUGUUCGGCGAUAUGAAACGGCGUUCAAGGUCCAGCUGACGAUUUUGGAUUGGGACAAGCUGUCCUCGAAUGAUUAUAUCGGGGAUGCAAGGUUUGACGUGAAAGAGCUCGUGGAUAGUGCUCCGCAGCCUCAUCCGGAGACUGGGUUGUACCCAAUGGAUGACUGUGAACAUCCGAUGAAGCAAUAUACGUUGCCCUUGACGACGGAAAAGGGAGUACCUUGGGAGAAACAUAACCCUACUAUCAAGUUUCGCGCCAAAUACCAGCCCUAUGCAGCACUCCGCCAGCGUUUCUGGUACCAAUACCUCAAGCAGUACGACACCGAUGACACCCUUAAUAUAUCCCACCUUGAACUGACAUCCAUGCUUGAUUCCCUUGGCUCUACCCUCACGGAUUCCACGAUCAACUCGUUUUUCACCCGAUUUAACAAAACCCCCCAGCAAGACGACUUGACUAUACUUGAGGCUAUUCAGUGUCUUGAGACUGAACUCGGCCGACCAGACGCUGAGAAGAAACGAGUCGAUGAAGGUGAUGGGGGAAGUGGUAGUCUGUCGGUCACGCCGGUGUUGAUGGCCGCAGAUCGGGAGGGCAAGGAACUCAAUUUGGAGGAUUUAGACUUCUCGGGCCCGCCAUUAUCGAUGUCGAUGUCAGCGUCGGUCGUUGCGAAUGGGAACGAGAAAAUUUUACUACCAGAAACCUACGAAACGGAAGCAUCGCAACUACCUUUAUCCUCUGUCGCCGCCUCUUCCUCGAGUACGCCAUCUACCCCUCAGACAGAGUAUUCUACAUCAUCCUCAGAUGCGGAGAUGCCUGUUGAAGAGUACUCGUUUGGAUCAACUUCAGCCUCGAACAAUGAUUUGUUAUAUCCACCCGGCGUUCCCAAAACAGCGACGGCCAACGAAUUGAUCACCACUUCAAUUGUGACGAAACGGCCCAAAUUUCCUAGAGGCAUGCGAAGGUAUAAAGGGGGGAAAGCAUCCGCGUCUGCUGAAGGACAGAACGGAUCCACGUCGGAACCUUCCAUUGAACGCGUAAUCAACGUCAAGAACUGCCCGCUCUGUCAUCGACCUCGGCUAAGCUCAAAGGCUGAAAUGGACAUCGUUACGCAUCUAGCUAUAUGUGCCAGUCAGGAUUGGAACAAGGUGGAUAGGAUUGUGGUGGAGAACUUCGUCACCGCCAGUCAAGCGCAGAGGAAGUGGUACACGAGAAUCUUGGGUAAGGUCUCUAGUGGCGAUUAUAAGCUUGGUGCUAACUCGGCAAACAUCAUCGUACAGAACCGAGUGACGGGUCAACUGGAGGAAGAAAAGAUGCAGGUUUAUGUGAGGUUGGGGAUUCGUUUGUUGUACAAGGGAAUGAGGAGUAGAUUGGAAGGUGGUCGAGCUCGACGACUACUGAAGUCUUUGUCAAUCAAACAAGGAAUCAAAUACGACUCUCCGGAAUCGGUGAAGGGUAUCCCUGGAUUUAUUGCGUUCCAUGGUCUCAACAUGGAAGAAGUGCUGGAACCCAUAGAAUCAUUCAAAACAUUCAAUCAAUUCUUCUACCGUAAGCUAAAACCCGACGCUCGGCCCAUUGCAGCCCCAGAUGAUCCUUUCCGCCUCGUCAGCGCUGCUGACUGUCGUAUGAUGGCCUUUCAAUCCGUUAACGAUGCUACCAGGUUAUGGAUUAAAGGUCGAGAAUUCACCGUCUCCCGACUGCUCGGUGAUGCAUACAAGGAUCAAGCAGAACGAUAUAAUGGCGGUGCUGUAGCAAUCUUCCGCCUAGCCCCACAAGAUUACCACCGUUUCCAUUCACCCGUUCACGGAACAAUCGGGCCAAUGUCAUCUAUUUCGGGAGAGUAUUAUACCGUAAAUCCACAAGCGAUUCGGACCGCAUUAGAUGUUUACGGUGACAAUGUUAGAAAGAUCGUACCAAUCGAUAGUCCUGAAUUCGGUUGCGUGAUGACGGUGUGUAUUGGUGCGAUGAUGGUGGGGACCAUCCAGAUUACUGUGGAGGAGGGGCAAGUGGUUCAACGCGGUCAAGAGUUGGGGUAUUUCGCUUUUGGUGGAUCUACUGUGGUCCUUCUGCUAGAGCCUGGUGUGGUAGAAUGGGAUGAAGACCUUAUCAUCAACGGCAAAGCUUCGCUUGAGACAUUUGUUCGUGUUGGCAUGGGCAUUGGAAAAGGACUGAAACGGUCUCAAUGAACAGUAAUUCAAUUCAUUGUUUGCCAUUGCCCAGUUACAGCAUACUCAAACCAAUAGGACGCCUUUUUUUUCUUGAGAGCACCUUGCAUAUUGUAUCACUACUCAGAAUUUCUUAAUGCUGUUGGAGUGAACGAACGGACAUUAACACAUAUUAUGUAAAAAGCAUACUAUAUUUCCGGACACGAGAGUUAACAUGCCUUCAGUCUUGACUCUUGCAUUCCAGACGCAACAGGUUAUGGACCCCAUAGCUUAAAUUCCACUGCACUCAUCUCUGUACUGCAGAUGCCGUCGAAGCAUGAGUCGGCAUCGAGGUUCCAACAGAGCGAGAGUGGUGACUAAGCUCAUCGCUCCUGCCUUGUCACAGUACUCCACGUUCGACG